GCAGUGUCGCUCCGGCCGUCCAAUCAGGCCGGGCUUUACUGCGGAGCUCUCCAUCCGGCGGUAUAAAGACCGCCACGAGUCGGCGGUGUGACCGAGAAUCCAUCUUGAAGAGCUGAAGUCUCGGGCUCGGGAAGCGCUAACGGCGAUAAGGAAUAACUAGCGAUGGCCGACGCUGAGCAGCAGUUCAUGGAGACCUCCGAGAACGGGAACGGAGACAGCCUGAACGGCGCCGAGGAGCAGACUGCGGGCGACGCUCAGGAUGACUCUCAGAACGGGGAAGGAGGACAGAUCGACGCCAGUAAGAGCGAGGAGGAUGCCGGAAAAAUGUUUGUUGGUGGACUUAGCUGGGAUACAAGCAAGAAAGACCUUAAAGACUACUUCUCCAAGUUUGGUGAGGUGACAGAUUGUACCAUUAAAAUGGACUCCAACACUGGCCGAUCACGAGGGUUUGGAUUUAUCCUCUUCAAAGAAGCAGCCAGUGUAGAAAAGGUUUUGCAGCAGAAGGAACACCGGCUAGAUGGGCGGCAGAUUGAUCCCAAAAAAGCAAUGGCAAUGAAGAAGGAUCCAGUAAAGAAAAUAUUUGUUGGCGGCCUUAACCCUGAAACAACAGAAGAAAAGAUUCGGGAGUACUUUGGGGCGUUCGGAGAGAUUGAGUCUAUUGAACUUCCCACUGACCCAAAAACCAACAAAAGGAGGGGGUUUGUCUUCAUUACUUUUAAAGAGGAGUCGGCUGUCAAAAAGAUCAUGGAGAAGAAAUACCAUACUGUUAAUGGCAGCAAGUGUGAGAUUAAGAUCGCCCAGCCCAAAGAGGUCUACCAGCAACAGCAGUAUGGAGGUCGUGGUGGUGGUUAUGGGGGCCGUGGCAGGGGUCGUGGUGGCCAGAAUCAGAACUGGAACCAGGGAUACAACAACUACUGGAAUCAGGGUUAUGGUGGUCAAGGCUAUGGAUAUGGUGGCCAACAAGGAUAUGGCAAUUAUGGGGGUUAUGGCAACUAUGACUAUUCUCCUGGCUACUAUGGAUAUGGCGGUGGAUAUGAUUACAACCAGGGCAAUACAAGCUAUGGAAAAACUCCAAGACGUGGAGGCCACCAGAGUAGCUACAAGCCAUACUGAUCACAUGUAGUGCAGGUCGUAAGUAUUUUCAACCCAAGAACCCAUAAUGAUGGCAACAGCAGCAGGACGUGAUUCAAGAUGAGAAUUUAGUAUGAUGGGACUCAUGCUCCAUUUGUGCAAGACAACAGAUGACUGGGGAAGCAGUGUCACUUUUCCACACUUUUUAUUUUUAUUUUAUUUCCUUUGUCCACAUUUCCAGUCAUGGAAGUGUAAUUUUUACUGUACUUUUUGGUACCUUUUUUGAAUCUAAUGUAUUGUAUGGUUGUAUUUUACAUGUUGACUGGAUUUGCAGCAUAUGAGAAUCAGGAGCCGCCAGAGCUUUUGAAAUAAAACAUUUUUGAGUAA